UGCUGUAACAUAUUCUUGUUGCUACGGGUAUACCACUGCAAAAAACCUUUCACAACCACAUUGUAAUCAAAGUUUGGAACUGAAGAACAUGACCCAAACUCUCAAAGGCACUAAUUACAUUCGCAACAAUCCUUCAAUAGUAAAUACUUCCCAUCUGUUAGAAAUUCUAAAUGAUCAUGGGAAUAUCACACUUUUCCUUCCGAUUAGCAAUUCUUCGGGUUUAGGUCUUGAACGGAAUAUUAUUCCCGAAUAUUUGCAUAGGGGUCUCAUAUUAAACGACAUGCGAAGAGUCACGAUGGGUAACGAAUCACAUGACUUACAUUUCACGAUUAACAAAACUAGAACGAGUACCCGAUGGGCAGUUAACUGUGUACCCGUGAUAAAGGAUUAUUUUACUACUCAAGGAAUGAUUUACAAAUUAAAGGAUUAUCUUCCUCGCACGAAACAAACUGUGUACGAUUUCCUGAAGCAACAAGAACUCAACUCGACUAUGGCAAAAUAUUUGAUAGCCUCAGGAUUAGCCAAUUUGACUCUUGUUCCCGGGAAAUAUCAUACUAUCAUCUUACCAUCAAAUUCAGCUAUAAAUCAAUUAUCUCCACAACUCAUCCAGGAAUUAGAAUCUAAUAUAGAAUGUGCUAAAGAUUAUUUCGGAUAA